GAACUUUGAUUUCGUAAUCCACAUUAGUCUGUCUUUUCUUGGGUUUUUCAAUGAAAUGAUAAUUUAUAAUGAUAAGUAAAUAUCCUAAACCGCAAAUAAGAAAGUGGAUCAAACGAGGGGCUCUAACACUUUUUGUAUUCGAGGCAGCUUGUUUUGCUGGGAGUUAUUUUAUUUGGAAUAAAAUAAAUACCGAGAGAGAUUUCAGAAAAUAUCUCAAAGAAAACUACCCAACUGUUUUGGAAGUGUACUACAGAACCGGCGAAACUUUUGGUAAACAAUACAAAUUGCGAGAAAUUGACCAAACUUACUGGGAUAAACAAAAUUAAUGGCCAGUACAGUUGUGAGGUCCCUGUUUUGGUUUUGUACUUUUUCUGGACUUGGCUUUGUUCUUCUGUCCAUAGCUACUCCAUCAGAAUCUAAAAUAAUCAACUUGAAAGAGAAAUUUGGCCAAGUGGAGAAUAAACAAAAGCAGGCUCAAAUCAACAUCCUACAAGCUGCAACAGAACAUACUAAGCCCCCUUACAGUUUAUCUGAGGAUGGCAUUGAAAAGGAACUGAAAAAAAACUGAAGCUCUUUUCAGUCAACUCUUAUAAUAUAUCAAUUUUUGAUUCUACACAUCAUAUGAAACAAAUUAAACUAUGGAAACUAUUAAUGACAACAAAUUGGAUUCAUUGACCAAACGUGAGAAUGAAAGGCAACUCAAUUUACAAAAAAAGAAAGAUUUUAAAGACCAUCUCCUACCAAAUAGUGAAAAACUAGAAUUUUUUGAAAUAUUAUUUGGUGAAAAGCAAUCCAACAUAGAAGCUUUAAUUCAUAAAUCUAGGAACUGUUCUGAAAAUGAACUUGCUGAUCAUUUCAACUAUAUAUCUAAGGAAAUUUUAGCUUUGCAGAAGUAUGUAGCAGCAUCAAAUAUAUUUCUCAGGAACUAUGACCUACAAAGAUGCCAGCGUAUUCUACAGGAUCUGACUCUGAAGCAAAAACAAUUAGAAGAAGAUUUACUUCCCAAGAAAAAGUUUUCUUUCAAGAACAAAUAUAAACAACAUGGACAAGCAAGCAUAAGUUCUUCAUCAAAAGAAAAACAGGAUGAAGUUGAUUUUUCAACUAAAAUCCCAGUUCAAAAAAAUAUUUGUGGGGUCUUCAACAAAGAUAAUGAGGAUGUAACAAUGACUAAUAAUGAAAUAUUCAAAAAAGACAUCACUUUUGAAAAUAUGAAAAAUUGUAAGAUAUUUUUGAAAGGAAGUCCUUCUACUUUACAUCUAGACAAUUUGAUGAACUGUCAAAUAUUUUCUGGACCAGUUUCAACUUCAAUAUUUGCAGAAAAUUGUGAGAAUUGUACUUUAGUCAUAGCCUGUCAACAACUGAGACUACACAAUUCCAGAAAAGUCACCAUUUACUUGCAUGUCACUAGUAGAGCCAUCAUGGAAGAUUGUAAAAACAUUUUGGUAGCCCCAUACAAUUUGAAAUAUGAUGGAAUUGAAGAUCAUUUUCUCAGUGCCUCUCUUGACAUUAAUUUGAAUAAUUGGAGAUGUAUUGAUGAUUUCAACUGGUUAAGUGAAAAACAUUCACCAAAUUGGAAGGAAAUUGAGGACAAUGACAUGGUACAAGAGUGGGCUAACUAAUUGUAGUUGAGAUAGUGGUAGACUCCUUAAAAUUCAUUAUGAAGGAAACAAGCUCACCCUUACUGAUAAUAGUAUAGUUUUUUUUAUGGAAACUAAUCAACUCAUCUUGAAAUUGUAUAUGAAUAACCCAAUAUAAUUUAUGAA